AUGGAAAAAGACAUUUAUAAAUUAGCAAAGGAUUUUCCUACUUUGGGUUCUAUUAUGAAAAAUACAACACUCAGUAGUGGUAACAGCAUAACGGGUAAUUGUAUCUCAUUUAGAAGAGAAAAAUUUCAAAAUUUUUUUCCAUCUGUUGAGAACAUAUGCAAAAAAGUGGAAGAUUAUACGGAAAUUAUAGAAAAACAACACUGGGACAUGCUCAACAAAUCAAAAUCCAGUUGCAUAUAUUUGUAUUAUUGGCUGUAUUAUUAUAAUAAUAAUAAAAAUAUGGGUCAUAUUAAAAGUCUUUUUCAUGAAUUGUUGAAAGCUAUUGAUACAUCUCAUAAUAACAUAUGCUCAGAAAUUGCUUACACUACUAUUACAGAUGAUGAAAUGCAAAAGCUCAAAGAUCUGCAUGACAUGUACACUAAGCUUAAUAAUAUAGAGAAUAAUACUACUUCAUUUGAUGAUAAAUGCAGUUGUGCUAAUGAAUGCGCUAUAUCAUAUAUGAAAUACAAGAAUCCCUGUGAAUCCAAUAGUUUCUCUGAUUUUUGUAACGAAUUAAAGAAUGUUAGGGAAAAAUAUAAUGCACUAAGUACAAUUAAAUCUUGCAACCAUUUAACAUAUAAAAUAUUACCUUUGUUCCAAAAAAAUAAUAUAACAUUUCCUGUUGUAAUUACAAUUAUUUUGAUAUUAUUAAUAUCAAUAACUUUAUUUAUUCUGCUUAAAUUUACCCCAUAUAAUUCAUGCUUUCAAGGAGCAUUAAGUAGAAAACGAAAUAAGUGGAAUAAUAUAGAUGAAGAUUAUGUUAUAUUCCAAUCGUACAAAAAUGAGAGCAAUGCUUCUAUGAACAAUAGACACCAUAUUUUAUAUCAUACACUCUAA